GACAAUAGUAGAUGCUGCGGUAGCCUUUAGACGUUUCAACAGUUAUGGCAGCCUCCAGUAACUUAUUAGUGCAGUAUGUAGUAGUACGAGGCGAUCUUUUGAAAACUCUUAAGUGGCCUGUUGGUGCGGUAAUUGCACAGGCAUGUCAUGCUACGACAGCUGUUAUUCAUUCAUUCCAAAACGAUCCGAACGUUCUGUCGUAUACCUCUGAUCUGGAUAGAAUGCAUAAAGUGGUACUUGAGGCUCCAGAUGAGACAAGCUUGUGGACCUUAUCAGAAGCCUUGACUGCUGCUUCAAUAGAUUAUAAAUUAUGGGUUGAACAACCAGAAAAUUUUCCUACUUGCCUAGCUACCAAGCCUUAUAAAAAGGAGGACAUUCAGACUUACUUCAAAAGAGAUAGGUGUCAGCCUAGUGUGGACAACACACAAUGAUCCUGACACUAAGGUGUGCUGCCUACGGUCUAGGAACGACUACA